UUCGCUUCGGCAGUCGAUCGCGGCGCGAGCACACGAACCUGCUCAGGUACGACAUCUUGACGUUUUCCUCGUGUAUCAAGUGCAAUGGAAACGGCAAGGCCGAACGUCUCGUAAACACGUGCAAUCAUUGUUCCUCGUAAUUAAAACUUACCUCCGUCGAUACUCGAGCGCGUUACCUUUGUAGUGGCCACGCGACGCAGGGAUCUCGUGUCUGGAAGAUAAAUCUUGGCAGCGACUCGCUAUUUUCCGACAUCUCGGAAAACACGCCGAGGGAAGCGAUCGUAUCGAGCGCAAGCAUGUCACGUUCGAUCAGACACAAAGCGCUCGUCCUCGCGAUUCUUUGUGGACUGGUGACGGGUUCGCAGAGCGACACCGUGGGACAUAGAAAGGACAGCAGGUUGUCGGGUGACCGUGAUAUAGUGUUCCCUGACGAGAUCAAUGCAGGAGCGUUAGACCUUCCGAUCGUGCCUCCGCCUUCACCCGAAGACGUCGAUAAAUCAGUGGUACCACUGGAAUUAGCCAAAAAGAUGAGUUCUGUCCAAACGGUCGAGGAGUUCCUUCAGUUAGUCAAAGGUGUACCUCCAGUACAGAAUACCUUCUCUAUCCAAAGUAAAAUCGGAGAAACCGAGGAACGAUCAAACGCAGAGAUACCAGUUCCAGCAACGUGUAAACCUGAAUUACAAACAGUUCAACUACACCCCGACACCGACACGACCAGCAUAUUUUUCCCCACCUGUAUACGAAUCAACAGAUGCGGUGGUUGUUGCUAUAAUUCCUUGCUCUCCUGUCAGCCAACGGCAACAGUGACACGAAAUUUCGAGAUUUACGUGAUGAGUGCCGACCACUACAAAGGAUUACUGUAUAGGAGUAAACGUAUCGUACCAGUAGAAGAGCACACGGAAUGCGAGUGCAACUGCCAAGUAAAGGAGGAGCAUUGUAACAAAAAGCAGACUUAUGUACCUGAGUCGUGUGAAUGCCAAUGCAACAACGUUGACGAAAAGAAGAAAUGCAACGAGAGCGACAAGAAAAUCUGGAAUUCAGACCUUUGUAGCUGCUCAUGUAGAGAAGUACGGCAGUGUACUACUGGCUUAUAUUUCGACCAAAAUACGUGCAGAUGUAAGCAAACACAACUAUCUAGACCUUGGAUACCUACAAGAAGAGUCGAUUAUGGAUUUGAGUAUACAGAAAAAUCGGACAAUGUAUCACCAGUAAUAAUUGCAUUAGAUACCGAUGAUCCUAGAAGAAAACCUAAACCAGACCCAGAAUUUAAAUGAAAAUGCUGAUAUAUAGACUAAAUUAUAAAAUUCACGAGACCACUAUUUAAUGGAACAUAAAUAUAGUUUAAUCUUACACCUUUGUGCCAUUCUACAUCCACAUACACGUGACAUGUUACU